AAAGAUUCCUCAUAGGUGCGGAUGCAAAGAUGGCGGAAGAGGAGAGCCAGUUUGAAGAAUUUGACCAAAUAGACUUUUUAAGGGAUCGACAUGUACGAUUCUUCCAGAGGACACUUCAGGUGCUGCCUGAGAGAUACGCCUCGCUGGAAACGACCAGGUUAACUAUCAUCUUUUUUGCCCUGUCUGGUCUCGAUGUGCUGGAUGCUCUGGAUGUGAUUGAUAGAAAUGUAAUGAUUGAGUGGAUCUACUCAUUACAGGUUCUGCCUACAGAGGAUCAAUCUAACCUAAGUCGCUGUGGGUUUCGAGGAUCAUCACAUAUUGGAAUUCCUUACAGCACUAAGGGACCAGGCGUGCUCCAUCCAUAUGACAGUGGCCAUGUAGCCAUGACCUACACUGGGCUGUGCUCACUUCUAAUCCUGGGAGACGACCUGAGCCGGGUUAAUAAACAGGCCUGUCUGGCUGGUCUCAGAGCACUGCAGCUGGAGGAUGGCAGUUUCUACGCAGUGCCAGAAGGAAGUGAAAAUGACAUACGGUUUAUCUACUGUGCAGCCAGUAUCUGUUACAUGCUGGAUGACUGGUCAGGCAUGGACAUCCAAAAGGCCAUUGAGUACAUCAGAGGAAGUUUGUCCUACGACAAUGGGUUUGGCCAGGGAGCUGGACGAGAGUCACAUGGUGGCUGGACGUACUGCGCCAUAGCCUCGCUGUGUCUGAUGGGUCGACUGGAGGAGGCGCUGAGUCAGCGGGAGCUGGACAGGAUCCGACGCUGGUGUAUCAUGAGGCAGCAGACCGGCUUCCACGGGCGCCCUAACAAACCUGUAGACACAUGCUACUCCUUUUGGGUGGGAGCUACGCUAGAGCUGUUAGACGUGUUUCAGUAUACAAACUUUGAGAAGAACAGGAGCUUCAUCCUCUCCACGCAGGACCGGCUGGUGGGGGGAUUCGCCAAAUGGCCGGACAGCCAUCCAGACCCUCUCCAUGCCUACUUAGGGCUGUGCGGUCUGUCUCUGAUCGGAGAGCCCAGUCUGAGGAAGGUCCACCCAGCUCUUAACAUCACCCAGAGAGCCUUUCAGCACCUCCAGCAGCUGCAGCAGACAUGGAGGGACAGCACCGGCAGCUGCAGCAGACAGCAUUGACAGAAGGAUGAUCCACGGCUCUGUCUCUGAACAGGUUCGGUAAUCAGGAACAUCCUACAGUAGUCAGUCGAAAGGCAACUGGACUUUUUGCUGUGUGUCUUGAAGAUGUUUGGCCCCUCGUCUGAGAGGCCUCCUCAUUUCAGGAAUCAGGAAGGUUUUUCUCCGGUUACACACUAGUAACUCCGGGGAGCUCAUUUUAAGUCCAUCUAAAGCGACCUUUCUGUUGAGCAAUAUACGCCACACCUUUUUUUUGCUGCCUUUUUAUUAGUAGACGAUAGUAAAUAAUAAUGUGCAUUGUGUUUUGUGGGUUAAAAUUAUGUGCCAGAAAGUCAAAUUUAAGUCACUGGAGACUUGAAGAAAUUCCAGGUGCCUUUGCACUGAAGUUUUUGAAGCUUCCUGCUCCUUAGCCUCAUCAUCAUAGUCAACAACACAAUCAGCUGUAAGCCUUCUAGCCAAGGAUGAACGCUACUGGUUCACUUCACAUGGAUAUAAGAAACUUCCUCAAAGUAAAUAUUAUUCGCAGUCUGAGAGGGAACCCUGAGGAGGGCUUAGGGAACAUCUAAACUGUCUGUUUAAAUUGUUCUGGAGUAACUGCCGGCUUCAGUAGUUGAAGGUUUUUGAGUGAGUUGAUCUAAUUGUAUGUGAUACUACUAUGAAUGCUUUUCUAUUGUUGAAUAGUAUAGGCCCAGUGGUAAAUUUGAGGGGGAACAAAGUCAUAUGUUUCCUUUAGAUUAACAUCCCUACAUUCUCAGACUAAAACCACUCCAGAGACACUAUCCUCCCUGUAUAGUAGUUUUUGCUUCUCCCUCCUAACAUCUCCAUCGGUGCGUUGCUCUUGAACCUCUUCAAAGCCUCAAGCUCCCCAGUCCCAAAGGUGGUACUGGCCUGGCAGGUAAACUCUCCCGUGUCUCUCACUUCAACUCACUUCAGUUUCACCACUGCAGGCUUUUUUGGUUUUUUUUGUCAGUGAUCAAGAGAGAUUUAAAAGAUAAUAGAACUGCUAAAAACCACCUUAAGGGGCAAAUCUAGGAGUUAUUUAUCCUAGAAAGAGGAUUUUUAAAAAAAAAAUCAGUUUAGCUACAGGCCUUAUCAUUGCAGAUCACAGAAAAUCUAAUUUAUAGUUCACAUUCUUCCUGAGGCCAACAGAAAAAAAGAUAGAUAAUUUGGUAAGAGGGAGAAAAUCCCUGCUUCCCUUCAAGGUUGUAGCUGUCAAUUUUAGCAGAAGAUCCCAUCCCGACAUCCCCCCCGACUCCUGAACCUUGAACUGAUCUGAGCUCCCAUCCCUCACUAGCUUCCUUACCCCUGCAAGGCACCAGCCAGUUUAUAAUCAAUAGGAGGAAGAAGAGACUUGGGGAAAUGUAUUCUUUUGAACGGCACUGGUUAUUAGCUUAUUUUCAGAACAGCAAACAAAGAACAAUGCACAUGAGCGGUGUGUGCCACCGAGAGUCAGGUUGCGGAAACGACUAUUAUCCAACCUGCUAGUCGCUUCCCAUUGAGUCCUAAAACAUUGACCUCCAACAAAACUUGACCAAGGUUUGCACCACUGGACUCUCUCACUGGAAGUGCUACACAUUGUCUGCACAGAUGCUCACAGGUAUUAAUAGCCACUGCAGCUCAUACACGCCACCUUCCAGACUUCCUGCCCUUGAGCUAAGCUACACAUUACACAUUUCUAGUUUUAAACCCUUAUAAAAACUUGACAUGGUGACACAGAGGUACUGAAAUUCUGAGUUGUGCUCAACCUCUUGCCUUCUCAUCACAUCAAUGCUCUUGACUCCCAGCAAGCAACAUUCCCCCCUGCUGAAGCCACACCCUUUCAGUAUAAGAUCGCUGUCCCGGCAAACACCUGCUCCCUGUUAUGACUAGGGAGGAGGAGACAAUAUCACAGCAAGUCAGAAAUACAGUGGCCUGUCUGCAACACGUUGCCUGUGGGAGUCUGCUGUGAGUAUAUAAAAGAAAUAUCCCCUCUGUGGUUUUCCUUCCCGCCAUCUAAAAUGGAGCUGUACCUGGCCUCACCGCCCCUUUCCCGCCAAGUUGCCCUCAUUUUCAGACUUGGAAAGCAGAGCAGGCAGACAGAGGAAAGGAGAGAAGCGGGGAGGAGAGGUGAAUAAAUAAAUAAUUUGACCCAUCCAUUAUUAAACAUAAACUGUCGGAGGCUGGAAUCUCCUCUUUGAACCCAAACUCUCAGUGUUAUAUACCCUUGUUUGGUGCAAAAAACGUUGCUUUUUAGCCUACCACAUCCUAUAUUGCUGUAUAGUUUUCUUACUAUUCGCCUAAGACGAUGAGCUUUGCUACAGUUACUCUUGCUGAUCUUGUCGAUUCCUUUUCUGAGAACAUUUUGUGAAAUAUUUUUUAAUAAUUUCACCUUUUAGAAAAGAUAUGUCAGCUAUGACUUUCAUUGCUGCUGCUGAAUUGAGCCUCACACACACAAAUCAUGUGAUAAUACAAGCUCAACAAGAUGAGCUUGUAUUAUUCAUCAUAUAGUAUUUCUGGUAUCAACCUUUGUUGUUUCUUAGUCAUGAGAUGUCUGAAGUAAAUUGCAUUGAAAUAGUUUCCCAUGCAUCUUCUGAAGUGACUUUUACUACUUAUACAACCUCCAUUGACUGGGUUCUGUCCUUAGCAUACGUAGGCCAAGUCACAUAGUAAAAAUGCUCUAACUUGACUCUGAAAUGUGCCUCACAUAAGCAUUGUUCUGUGUCACGGCUCUCUGAAUGCUCUCCACGUGUACAGCAUGCUUUAAUUGGGCUUAGCUUGGCUGUUUCAAUCAAUAAAGGCACAGGAUAUAAGCGUUUUCUUGAAGGGGGAAGGAGGAAAGGUGUAUCCUAAGUCCUUGUAAACAUUCAGGGUGGCACUCCUGCUCUGUAAACAAUUUUUCCUCCCUCUCAUCUUUGUAGAGUUCACUUAUCCGAUCAAACAUAAGCCUACCGGUAGAGGUCGUUUUACCAGAAUCUGGCUUUGUCCCUUCAUGUCUGGUCAAUAAUGUAUUUCCAGAAAAGAGGGGAAGAAUUCAUUAAGACAGAACCCAUAAAUGCUUACUCGACUUUAAAAAAGGGUGAAGGAUUGGAUGGAUGCAUCUGCCACUUACUGCGGGGCGAAGGCUGCACCAUAGCAGUUGUUACAUUACGUCUCCUUUUUUUUUGCCACAUCACGCUGCAGUCGAUGCUCUCAGUCCCACAGCAUGAAAAGAGAGGGACAAGGCUUUGCUUCUAAGACGGCUGCAGUGAAAGCUGCGUUCGGAUGUGAAAGAGACUGUCUUAUGAGAUGCGGCCAAAAUGUCAAACGCAGUCAAUGUUGAACCCUUGCCCUGUCGUCAACUAAUAUACAUACUGUAAUAAUAAAUAAUGUAACAAUAAAUGUAAUGGAAUUUAUUUUUUCUAUGCUUUGUAGAAAUAUUGAGUGUAGAUAAAUAUGUAAAUGUCUAUAAAUAUGUGACUUCAACUGUGCAAGUGCUCAAGAUGAAAAAAAAUGUUUACAGCCACAUCAGUGAGACGGUUAGAGGAAUUGGAUAUGCAAAUGUUGAUAUGUGAUGUAUUAUAGUACUUCAGCUUUGAACUUGAGGACAGUAAUGUUGAUUCUAGCUUGGCGGUGCAUACUGUAUUUAUGGUGAAUAAAAACACGUACUAACUUUUACAA